CUGUCGGAGAGGAAAGAGGGAGCGCGCGGGAGGGGGAGGAGGUGUAGAGCGGUCGUUCACUCACUCACUCCCUCCCCCCUCAGUGAGUGUGAGGGGUACUCAGCAGCAUGGCGGGGUUGUGUGUACAGGCGGAUCGGAGCUGCUGCUGCCACCGCCACCGGGCUCAGUGGAUAAAGUUACUGUUGGGCGUCCUGCAGCUCAUUUUACCGAGUUUUCGACAAGGGAUGUCCGCAGCACAAGCACUUGCCGAAAUUCCCAGGGUAGUGGAGCUUUGGCAGGCAGAAGAGGGAGAUGUAUUAAUCCCCACUCAGACUACUUCUGAACAGAGUGGAGAUGACCUGCCUCUGGAACAAAGCUCAACAACUGGGCCAAGUGCUAGCAUCUUGUAUUUUCAACCUCUGCUGCUGGAUUUUGGUUUACAGCCAGUGGGGCAGCCAAAGGUUAAAGAGUUUUUUAUACAGAAUCCAAGCUGGGAGUUGCCAGUCAUAUUGGUUUCAGUGUUUACGUUGAGUAGACAUUUCCAUGUACCUCCUGUAGAUAACAUGGUAAUUCCAGCAGGAGGAAACAUUCUAUUUAGAGUUAUCUUCCUACCCACAGAAGAGGGCAACAUGCAAAAUUCUUUAUUUAUAAACACUUCUACCCAUGGGACCCUUUCCUAUCAGAUAUUUGGUGUUGGAAUUUCCAGUACCCAAGUGGUGAUGGGUGAUCAACCAUACUCAGAUGACAAACUCGUACUUUUUCCACACAUCCAAAAUAUUCAGGAAAAAGCUUCAAAUUGCACUCUAUCAGAACUGAGUUUUGAACUUACUCUACCAUUACAGAGCUAUAAAGACUUUCAGAAAUGUUGCCUGUUGAGGAAUAAAAAUCUUACAUUAUACGUCCAUGUCUCUCUCAACACAGAAGAAUGCUGCCAUAAAUUUGAAAAAAUAAAGAGCUAUUUAUUAGAAAAUAUUUUUGUACUUUAUAUGCCAGUUAUCAAAGAAAGUACCUCAGGUGAACAAAUAAAUAUUGUGUACUUCUUGCAUUCAGGGAAUAAAUCUAUGUAUAUUAAGAAUAUUCAUUAUCUGUCAAGAGGAGGCACAAUUACUGUUGAAUUUAAGCCAAUACAGCUGGAAACAUCUGUGAACAAUUUAACGAAAGUUGCUUCUAUUAUUUGCAAAGCAACUACUAUGAUUGAUGAUGUGGAAAAUUGUUCAGGUGAAGCGAUGUAUGUAGUAAAAGGCAGCUUAGCGCUGAAAGCAUCUCCUGCACUGCAACGAACAAAAGGAAACCUUCAACAUGAUUCUUCAAGCUCGUUUCAAGUCAAGUCACGGCACGGAUCAGAAUUUUGGACAGUCUGGUUUACAAAUUACUUCGAGUUCAAAGUCUUGAUAAGAAAUGUUUAUGUACCUGAAGAAGCAGCACACUUGUUGACAAUUCUAAAUUUUACUGGUCCAGUGACCCUCAAACCAGGUUGCUGGCAUAUCUUGUCACUACAGUUUAAAGCUGGGAAAACACCUAUAACUUUAAAUACGCAUCUGCUGAUCGUAAUUGGGUCAGGAUUAACGCUUGAGCUACCAUUGCACCUCUGCUCGAUUCACAUGCAGGGAAAUGUGUAUUCUAAUUCAGUUCUGCAGUGUGGUGUAUACUGUUAUCUGGGGGCAAAAGCUGCUGUGCACUGGCAUGAUAGUCUUUCUCUGGAAUCCUCACCCUGGAAGGUAGAUUCUGAGCUAGGUUUGGAUUUACGACACAAGUGGCAGCAGAUGAGAGAGAAAGGAGUGAACAGGCAGAGAAUGAUAGAUGAAGAUUCUGGCCUGGGGCAGACAAUCCCACAAUCGUUUUCAUCUGACUUUAUUUGGCCACGUUUAACUCCUGACUUCUUAAUGAGCUUCAGUGCUACUGCUUCCCACAACACAACGGUGAAACACUUUGUUUUGAAGAACCCAUCAGAUCUACCAGUUACAGUGCAGAUAAUGCCAGUUGCUCACUAUCCGAAUCCAGAAGAGGUUUUAGGUCUGCUGAAGAAUUGGUACAAGCUAAGAAGACAAGAUAUUAGUGUCACAGCAAAUGAAUUUAGACUGGUAAAGCCCCCUGGCAGUAAGAGUGUGGAGAGUUACACACAGAUGGAAUUGGACAACAGACCGAGUGCUGGGAUUCUUCGGUUGAAUUUACAGCCUCGAGAGAUGAGGAAGAUUGGUGUUGAAUUCACGCCAAUAAGCCACAAUUUAGUGACAUCGCUCAUACUGAUAAGAAACAAUCUUACUAUACUCGAUGUGCUGAUGGUGGAAGGCUUUGGAGCUAAUGAAAUGCUGAAAGUGGGAGGAAAACUGCCUGGAGCAGUGGGCUCACUUCGAUUUAAGGUGCCGGAAUCCACGCUAAUGGAAUGUAGAGACAAGUCAAAAGGAAGUGAACUCAACUUGACCAUCAGAAAGAGCUUUAAGGUUGAAAACGUUGGAGCACUGACUGUCACAGUGAUUUCGAUGAGCAUUAAUGGAUACAAAUGUCAAGGAUUUGGGUUUCAGAUUCUGAAAUGUGAAUCAUUCAUACUGGAUGCUAAUUCUUCACAUGAGAUCAGCAUUGUGUUUACACCAGAUUUUACCACUUCCUGGGUGAUCCGUGAAUUACAACUUUUAACUGCAAGGGGCUUGCAGUUUCAGUUUACUCUGAAUGUGACUCUUCCACAUCACCUGUUACCUCUUUGUGCAGACUUGGUGCCAGCACUCAGUUGGGAGCAGCCAUUCUGGAUCAUCGUCUGCCUUUUUAGCUGUUUGCUGCUGUUUUGUGUCAUCAUAAUGGCCUAUCAACGUGCUCACUACAUUUUGACAGAGUUUAGUCAAGCUAGAUUAGGACCAUGCCACACCUCCCUGCUGCUCCAACAGGAUAGAACCUCCGUUAACACACUUGGCUCCACGACUUACAAGUUAAGUAGAACCAGCUGCAAGAUUUACAGUGAAGGUAAUAAUUUGCCAGACAGGGGGAAAGGAAGAGGGGCUCUAGCAAUGAAUGGGCCCUCUGUCCGAGCCCAAAGUACUUCAAAACGGAGUUCCGUUAACUCGAACCAUUGUCCAAGAAAACUCAAAUACUACAGCAAAGGUAAAUUGAGUGCAUCUGCAAAUAUUAGCUGUGGGACGAGUGAAGAGUAUCAGCAGACCAGUGGCAUGCCAUUUUAUAUUCCAAAGGAGCAUCAACCUCACACUGAGAGUCCCCUAUAUAUGAAGCUACAUGAUGAAAAUUAUGGACCAUUUGCAGGAGAAGAUCUGGAAAAAGUAGAGGAAAUGGUACAAGAGUGUGAGAGGAAACCAUUUUUUCUUGAAGCUGAACCUACAACUGAUCAUGAACUUGUGACCUGUGUACUGUCAGAGGAACGAAGCUCGGAGAUUCCUAUCCCUGUCCCUGACAUUAAAGAAUUGAAUCACUACGGAUCUUUCCAAGCACAUACUCUAGAUGAAAGCCAUGAUCACCUGGUGUCAGAUGAAAGCUUCAGGACUGAUGAAACACAAUUUGCUUCAUCCAGUAUUAAAGAUAAGCCACAGCAAGGGACACUAGAGAAGAUCAGCGAAAAUCUGAAGACAGAAGAGCAGGUGCCCCAUGAACCUCAAGAAAAGGCUCAUGUGCCAGUCCUACAAACUGUACUGCCUUCCUUUAUAACACAGAAGCUGUCCACAGCUGAGCAAAAGACAUCAAUGGACAACAUUAAGCAGAAAAGACAACAGGAGAAAAGUGAAGUUACAAUUCGUAAUAAACGGAAAGGAAGAAAAACUUGCGGGAAAAACAGGAAUGUUUCUGUGCAGUCAACUGAACAGACAGGGGAUCUGCCCAGUGAGAGAAACUACAAUCGUAGCCAAAAAGAGGAUAGAAUUCAGGACCGAAACAGGAAGAUGUGGCAAUAUGGAAAAAAGGAAAAUGCGAGCGUCCAUACAAAACCAGACUUUUAUCUUAAAGAAGCAGAAAAUGGGCAUUGUUGUCCAAACUGGAAGGUGCUACUCGGGAAAGUGCGUUCUGGUGAAUCCAGCUCUGAUUCCGGUAGUUCGUCAGAUAGUGUGAGAGCAAGCCGUGACAGCUGGGGAAGUUGGAGCAGCAGUAGUUCUGAAGGUGAAAAGGAUCAAAGCAUCAAUGCCAGAUUGCACUUUGUAUCUUCUGCUGCACAGAGGGAGAGGAUUUUCCAGCAAGCUUCUCCAAUUUAUAGCCCCCCUUUGCAUGAACAUCACAGCCCCGUGAAUGGAAGGCUUGUUCAUUUCAGCCAAUCAUCCAAUAACAAUGUACGUUUAAGAGGAGAUCCACAGCCCUCAACUCUCCACGAUAAAAGCUUUUGCCCCACCUUUGCUGCAGUCGCUGCAGGUUUAAAGAAAAGUCCAGGUCUUUACACAACAGUAAAUGGGCAGUGUUUAAAAUCCAUUCCUUCUGCAAAUGGUUUGGCAUAUCAUUCAGGUAAUGGUAUGCAGAUCAACCCACAACCAAGUGCUGCUGCUGAUUACAGCCAUCUUUCCCGGACCACAUUCAAUGGUGAUCAUUGCAGCAAUCCCUUCAACACAUUCCAUGAGAGUGAUUUCUCCAGUGUUUCUGAAGGCAACCUGAAUUUGUUUCAUCCCUUUAUUUGUACUGAAGGCCAAAAUGCAUCAUUGGCUGAUUCAGGCUGCGCUGUCACUUGGACCACUCUGGAGGCUCCCUCUGGCUGGAAACCUUCUAACUAUGUCAGCACUCCUUCCUACCUCUCGGGCACUAGAAGUCUGUCCCCUAUGUCUGGAUUGUUUGGAUCCAUUUGGACCCCACAAUGUGAGCCUUACCAAAGCUACUUCACAUCUGAUAACUCAGUACCACAUACAUUAGUGAAUGAAAACCUGGAAUCGACUUGCUCCCAAGGGCAGAUAUCAAGUUUUGAUCCUUUUGGCACUUACAUGAACCUGCACAUUUGGAAUUCUUCCUCCAGUCGUGUUUGUAAUUCUCAGCUCUCUAGUGACUCUGGUUAUUAUGGAGAUAUUUGAAUUAGAUUUUGUAUUUUUUUUGAUAAAGGUGUGCAUAGAAAUGGUUAAAACCCUUUGAAGAGUAUUUAGGUGAUUAAAUCCUUUUUAUUUUUUUAUUUUCUCUGAUUUUAUACAAGGAAAUUGCACUUAAUAUGGAAAAGUUAUACCACAAGAUAUUUUAAUUGAGCUUUUCCAAAUAAAAGAUCAUAAAAAAUAAA